AUGGCUACCGCGGCCUCGUCCCUCCAAGCCGCGUCGGGCAAUGAACGUUUCAAUGCCGAGGCCGCCCUUUGGGAUAGCCAUCCGUUCGUUCAUGAAGCCAGCAAAGAGGCCCUGACAGCUAUCCUUCCCAGGUUUCCAGCGCUCAAGAAUCCACCGGAACCAGCCGGGUUGGAUGUGCUAGAGAUAGGAUGUGGCACAGGGCUGUUGUCUUGCAUUAUGGCGCCGUACGCCAAGAGGGUGGUGGCGGUGGAUGCCGCCCCAGGAAUGAUCAACAUGCUUCGGGAGAAAUUGAAAAAGCCCGAGACGCCCCAGAAUAUCCUGCCGGUGGCUGUCUUGUUGGAAGAUCCGGAAGACAAGCAUCUCCCUCCGGCAGACGAAAAGGAUCCCCACGGACCGAGGCUCAAGUUCGAUCUCAUCACAUCACACCUGGUGUUGCACCAUAUUCCAGACUUGAAGUCAGUGCUCACCACCAUGCUUGGAUGCUUGAAGGAUGGCGGGAGCGUGGCCCUGACGGAUUUUGAGGACAAUGGACCAGGAGCGAAACGAUUCCACCCCAAGUCUAAAAUGCCCGGUGUGGAAAGGCACGGGAUCCACGCAUUCACCAUGGAGCACUUAAUGAAUGAGGUGGGUUUCGUCAACGUUCGGGUUGAGCGGGCGUGGAGCAUGGACAAGAGCGUUGAAAAGUAUGAGGGCGAAUUUGGGGAUGGGGGAGGGCCCAAGGGUCCCGAACAAGGCGAGACGCAGAGUUUCCCAUUCGUGGUGUGCAGGGGCCAGAAGAAGUCUUGUCAAUGA